AUGCACACCCUCAUCGAGCCACCGACGGCGCCGGUGCGCCCGUACCCGCACCACAGCCACGACCUGGCUCUGCAAAAGUACCUCCUGCUCAACGAGCAGCACGAGUCGCUGCGGCAGCACCUGGACGAGCUGCGCCCGCCACGGCAAAACUCGCUCUGCACCCCCGUCUCGGCCAGCCCGACCACAUCACCCACUCGCAUGGGCUCGAACUCCCGGCGGGGGCAGCACAACUUCUCGCUUCUGGCAAGAAAGGGCUCCUGCCCGGACAGCGAGGUGAUGGGAGACGAGGUGGCCGUCGAGGAGGCCAAGCUCUGUGACGUCAACGAGGGCAUCAAGCGGGCACUGACGGAGCUGCUCAACUGCGACACGGUGCGCGCCGACCGCGCCUUUCGCACUUGGGUCCAGUGCCGUCUAAUGGACACGGAGCGGGAGCUGCGCAGCGGGAGGAGGCGACGGAGCGCACCCGGGCCAUGA